AUGGCUGUCGUCGACCUUGCUAGACCUACUGAAGAAGCCGAGCUUCGCAAGCAUAAAAUGAAGAGACUCAUCCCCUCUCCUAACUCAUAUUUUAACGAUGUGAAGUGUCCUGGCUGCUAUAGCAUUCAGACUGUGUUCUCGCACGCCUCGUCCGUGGUGGUGUGCAAGGGGUGCUCCUCCGUGAUUGCCCGCCCCACCGGCGGCAAGGCGGCCCUGGAGUCCGGCACCGAGAUGCGAAGAAAGUAA